AUGUUUAAGUUUUUUAAUAAAAGCAUCAAUAGUAUUUACCUCCAAGUUAGUAUUGAAAAUCAAUUUAAGCAGUAUUAAUCUUCUUACUAAAAAUAGUAUAAAAAGUUCCCAAAAAGUGCGAUUCAAAAUGUUUUAAGAAAUGUCUAAGGAACAUAGGUCUGAAAUAACCUUAACAAGGUAGCCCCAAAUGAAUAACCAUUUCAAUGUCUAUUUGAAUCUUUAAAUUCUCAUUCAUAUAUUUCAGGUGUCUUAAUUCAACUAAAUCAAAAGAAAAUUCUUAGAAGGCUUCUUUUCUUUACUAAACUUAAAUAAGAAUUUUUAGGAAGGUCUUAAUAUGUAAAAUCUUCCUCUAUUCCUUAAAUCUUUUUAAGAUCCUAUUUAUAUAAGGAGAGAAUUCUUUUUCUGUAUUUAUCAAAUUUUAAAGUAUUCAGAAUUGUAUCUAAACCAUUUUUAUCUUAAUGGUAUUAAGCUGCUUUGUCUUUAUGAUUUGGAAGUUUCUAAUAAUUUUAUAUUACUUGUAAACCUAUCUUUAAAGCUGCCAAUCGAUAGAAAUAGGAUUGAAGCUUUACUCAUCAUCUCUAUUAUUUUUCUGAAAAAUAUUCUCUAGGUUUAGACGUUAUUCUACAACUUACCUUUUUUUAGUUCGAUGAAAAAUGAGUCAAGACAGAUUCGGGUUAAGUUUAGAAGUCAGUGGCAAAACUAUAAAGCUGAUUAAGCUGAGUGUAGAAUUUGA